AAAAUCUCAAAACGGAUCUCAGUCUCACCACAUAUUGAAGUGGAAGACAAUAGAUAUAUAGAGAGUAAUCAAGAGAAACCACGACAACAAUAACAGCUGAAGAAGAAGAAGAAGAAGAAGAAGAAUGCAAUCCUUACACUUGCCGUUCCCUGUCCCUUUUUACCAGACUCCAACUCCUCAAAAACGCAAACUUUUCCUUUCUCCAGAUGUCAGAAUCCAAACACGCCCAAUUCACCGCCUUCUCGGGGCCAAAACAGACGUAGCUGUCAAACAGGAGGAUACUACUGUUGUAAGCACCGCAGAAUCGACCGAGCCUGAGCCUUUGCCAGAGGGGCUACGGAGAGAUUUGAUGCCGCGGCAUGUCGCCGUGAUCAUGGACGGGAAUGGGAGGUGGGCCAAGCAACGAGGUGGGGCUGCAUCGAUGGGUCAUGAGGCUGGUGCACGCUCUCUGAUGGAGAUCGUGCGGCUUUCUGGUUAUUGGGGGAUUAAAGUUCUUACUGUUUUUGCGUUUUCUUGCGAUAAUUGGACUAGACCCAAGGUGGAGGUUGAUUUCUUGUUGAGCUUGUUUGAGAGAACGUUGAAGGCAGAGAUGGAUAAAUUUGUGAGGGAAGGUGUUCGAAUCUCUGUGAUUGGGGAUUCAUCAAGGCUCCCAGAGUCUCUGCAGAAAUUAAUAAAUGAAGUAGAAGAGACUACAAAAAACUACUCCAAACUUCACCUUCUUGUGGCAGUGAGCUACAGUGGGAAAUAUGAUGUUGUAAAAGCCUGCAAAAAUAUUGCUCGCCGCGUAAAGGAUGGUGUCAUUGAACCAGAAGACAUUAACGAAAGCCUAAUCGAGCAGGAGUUAGAAACGAACUGCUCUGAGUUUCCCUCCCCUGAUUUAUUAAUCCGAACUAGUGGUGAACUUAGAAUCAGCAACUUCUUGCUGUGGCAGUUGGCCUACACUGAGCUUUUCUUUGCAGAAGAACUCUGGCCUGAUUUUGGAAAAGAUGGGCUCGUAGAGGCCAUAACUUCAUACCAGCAAAGGCAGAGACGCUAUGGUAGGCGAGUUUUAUAAUCGUAUAACAUUGGCAUGGUUACUUGUUGAUAGCAUUUUAUACAAUACAGUUUGGUCAGGCUUUCAUACAUGACCAAUUGUGCACCUAAGCAGAAUCAAGGUGCCUGAUAUACAUUUACGUCGUAUGUAGAUGGAAAGACGUUUUACUAUUAUACUAAAUGGAAUAUACAAAGCUCAUGUAUUGUGCGAUUAUUCCUAUUUAAAUACAAUAUGCUCUUUCUUUGGGCCAAA